GGCUCACCAGACAGCUCGCAGUCUAACCACGAAAAGUGCCAGAGAAGCACGCACCCUCCAUUUGCGGAACGUUCGAACGAGUGAAGCUGCAGAAAAGAGUGCGCGAUGGCUUUCGGUGAUUAUCCGGCGGAGUACAAUCCGAAGGUCCAUGGACCGUACGACCCAGCCCGCUACUAUGGCAAGUCGGAAACCCCCUUCGGACAGGUUAAGCUGAACGAAAUCGGUGCCUGGUUCGGCCGUCGGGACAAGAACCCAAAGGCUGUCGCUGGUGCCUUGAGCCGUACCUACUGGAGAUGGCAACACAAGUACUGGCAGCCGAAGCGGAUGGGAAUCGCCCCAUUCUUCCAGGUCAUCUUCGGCGGAAUGGUAUUCUUCUAUGCCAUCAACUACGGUAAGCUGAAGCACCACAGGAACUACAAGUACCAUUAAACGGUGCACCAGCAGGAAGAAGCAAGAACCGACCAAAAUCAUCGUUAUGUAAGAACGGCGAUUCCUAGCGACGUAUGGCUGGAUCCGGGGUAUGGUUCUGCUUCUGGGAGAUAGUGAUUAGGCAUAAGUUAGCAGAUGGAUGCUGCCCAGGCGGAUAUCUGGUAAUUUUGUUCGGCAAAUGAAUUAUGUAAUUCGCGAAAAAUAAAAAUGUAUCAAAAA